AAAAUUAUUCAAAAAGCCGCCACCAUUUGACUUUGAAAUGCCCAUAUCCUCACAAAUUUAUUAACUUUGGUGGUUUUGAUUACAUUAUAAACCACCCUACCCUGCCCCUUGUGAGAACACAGCAAACAGUCUUUGCAUCUUGAAUGAAAAAAAGAGAGCAACUAUGGCAUCCAGAGAAAGAGAGGGUGAACCACUGAGUCCAACAGGGAAGCUGUUCCAUGAGCCAUCUUUAAACUGUUAUGUGAUUGCCAUCAUGGGUUGCAAGACAAGCAUCAAUCCUCAAGUCAUUCGAGAAGGUUUAUGUCAAACACUGCUCAAGCAUCCAAGGUUCACCAGCAAACUGGUUAAGAAGGGAAGGAAAACUAAAUGGAUCCCAACAAAAGUUGACUUAGACAACCAUAUCAUAGUUCCUGAAAUAGAUUCCAACUUAGAGUACCCAGAUAGAUUUGUGGAAGACUAUGUCUCCCAUUUCACCAAAACUCCACUAGACCAAUCCAAGCCACUAUGGGAACUACACCUCCUCAACAUCAAAACCUCGGACGCAGAAGCUGUUAGCGUAUUUCGGAUUCAUCAUUCCAUAGGCGAUGGUGCCUCUCUCAUAUCACUCCUUCUUGCUGCCACUCGCAAAACUUCUGACCCUAAUGCGUUGCCAACUGUGCCAAUCCAAAAGAAAGACACCUCACAUCAACGCUCAUCAAGCCCAUUCCGGUGGCUCUUCGUAAUUUGGUGGGCACUACUUCUCAUUUGGCACACUUUCGUGGAUAUGUUGUUGUUUACUUUCACCAUUUUCUUCAUCAAAGACACACCAACUCCUCUCAAAGCUGGUGCGCUAGGGGUUGAACUACAUAACAAGCGCAUUGUCCAUCGCACAGUUAGUAUGGAUGAUAUCAAGCUCGUGAAGAAUGAAAUGAAAACGACAAUCAAUGAUGUUUUAUUGGGAGUAACACAAGCCGCUCUCACUCGCUACUUGAAUCGAGCAUAUGCAGAUGUAGGCGCAAAUAGCAACGGUGUGAAACAGAGAUCUAGUGUCCUCAAGAAGAUUCGCCUUAGGGCAUCAAUUCUUGUUAACAUUAGACCUGUUGGUGGAAUACAGGAACUAGCAGAUAUGAUGGCAGAGAAAUCAAAAGUCAAAUGGGGUAAUUGCAUGGGAUACAUCAUCCUCCCUUUCUCUAUUGUUUUGUAUAAAGAUCCAUUGGAAUAUGUACGUCAUGCUAAGGCCACAAUAGACCGAAAGAAGCACUCAUUAGAAGCAAUUUGCUCUUAUGCUUGUGCAAAGCUGGUACUCAAUUUAUUAGGUGUAAAGGUUGCUGCUGCCAUAACACGAAGAGUUCUCUUUAACACUACUGUAGCCUUCUCCAAUGUGCCUGGUCCUGUGGAAGAAAUUAGCUUCUAUGGUCAUCCCGUGGCAUACAUUGCUCCUAGUGUAUAUGGACACCCACUUGCACUGACCAUCCAUUUUCAAAGCUAUGCUAACAACAUGACCAUUUCUCUAGCAGUGGACCCACUUGUUAUUUCGGAUCCUUACCUUCUUUGUGAUGAUUUAGAACAAUCACUCAAACUCAUUCGUGAUGCUAUUCAGAAAAAGCACACUGUCGAUGCUGUCUAAUAGUAUAUGGUCUAAUUAUGAGAUUUUAGGAAAUUGGACAACUACUGAUUAUUUUUCAUUUGAAAUGCAAUUUAUAUGAAUUUUUUAAACUUAUAAUUGGUGUAUCAUAAUAUUCGUAAACUUAUAGAAAAAAUAAGGAUAAUAUGUAAUUUUGAUUUUCUUA